UGACCCGACGCUUUUUCGCAGUCGCAGGACGGGCGCUUUGGAGCAGGCCCCAGGCAGUGUGUGUCGGUCGCCUCGUCUGGAGAACUAGUCCUCGACUCACGGUGAGGGAAUGGACCGGCACGGGGGUUGUAUCGCUGAGGGAAAGGAGCGAGACUCCGGACCUCCAGGAGUGCAAGGAUGAUGCUGAAAGGAAUAACAAGGCUUAUCUCUAGGAUCCAUAAGUUGGACCCUGGGCGUUUUUUACACAUGGGGACCCAGGCUCGCCAAAGCAUUGCUGCUCACCUAGAUAACCAGGUUCCAGUUGAGAGUCCAAGAGCCAUUUCCCGCACCAAUGAGAAUGACCCGGCCAAGCAUGGGGAUCAGCAUGAAGGUCAGCACUACAACAUCUCCCCCCAGGAUUUGAAGACUUUAUUUCCCCAUGGCCUUCCUCCUCGCUUUGUGAUGCAGGUGAAGACAUUCAGUGAAGCUUGCCUGAUGGUAAGGAAACCAGCCCUAGAACUUCUACAUUACCUGAAAAACACCAAUUUUGCUUAUCCAGCUGUACGAUAUCUUCUGUAUGGAGAGAAGGGAACAGGAAAAACCCUCAGUCUUUGCCAUGUUAUUCAUUUCUGUGCAAAACAGCACUGGCUGAUACUACAUAUUCCAGAUGCUCAUCUUUGGGUGAAAAAUUGUCGGGAUCUUCUGCAGUCCAGCUACAACAAACAGCGCUUUGAUCAACCUUUAGAGGCUUCAACCUGGCUGAAGAAUUUCAAAACUACAAAUGAGCACUUCCUGAACCAGAUAAAAGUUCAAGAGAAGUAUGUCUGGAAUAAGAGAGAAAGCACUGAGAAAGGGAGUCCUCUGGGAGAAGUGGUUGAACAGGGCAUAACACGGGUGAGGAACGCCACAGAUGCAGUUGGAAUUGUGCUGAAAGAGCUAAAGAGGCAAAGUUCUUUGGGUAUUUUUCACCUCCUAGUGGCCGUGGAUGGAAUCAAUGCUCUUUGGGGAAGAACCACUCUGAAAAGAGAAGAUAAAAGCCCGAUUGCCCCAGAGGAAUUAGCGCUUGUUCACAACUUGAGGAAAAUGAUGAAAAAUGAUUGGCAUGGAGGCGCCAUUGUGUCGACUUUGAGCCAGACUGGGUCUCUCUUCAAGCCCCGGAAAGCCUAUCUGCCCCAGGAGUUGCUGGGAAAGGAAGGAUUUGAUGCCCUGGAUCCCUUUAUUCCCAUCCUGGUUUCCAACUAUAACCCAAAGGAAUUUGAAAGUUGUAUUCAGUAUUAUUUGGAAAACAAUUGGCUUCAACAUGAGAAAGCUCCUACAGAAGAAGGGAAAAAAGAGCUGCUGUUCCUAAGUAACGCGAACCCCUCGCUGCUGGAGCGGCAUUGUGCCUACCUCUAAGCCACGAUCACAGCAUAUGAGGAAGACAGUGGACAUCUGCUUUAGGCUGGACCCAGUAAGAUGAGGAAGUGGGGCAGUACACAGGAAGAGGAGCCAGGCCCUUGUACCUAUGGGAUUGGACAGGACUGCAGUUGGCUCUGGACCUGCAUUAAAAUGGGUUUCACUGUGAAUGUGUGACAAUAAGAUAUUCCAUUGUUCCUGAAACUUUAUAUCAGUUUAUUAGAUGUGGUUUUUCACAUUUAAGAUAAUUAUGGCUCUUUUCCUAAAAAAUAAAAUAUCUUUCUAAA